ACCGCAGCAGCCUGAGCCCUUGCAGCCUGAUUAUCACAUGACUCGGCAGCGGUAGCCGUGGCAGCAGCCGCGGCGGCUCCGCGGGCUCGCCGGGUGGGCUCAGUUCCGCGCACGCCGGGGCCGAGUGCAGGGGGCGGGGAAGGGACCUGCUGCAACUGCAGCUGCCUGGUCGCUACUGAAGCGCGCGGUGACUCCCCCAGCCGGCCCGCUCCAUGCCGCUCCGUUGCGGAAGUGUAGCGUGGGGAGGCGGCUGCCGCCGCGGCACGGAGCACGGGAGGCCGGGGCUCGGCCCCCUGCAGCACUAGGCUCUGGGAGCCGCGCGCGGCGCGUCCCAGCGGCCCGGCUCCCCGUGCGCCAGGCGCCCACCGCAGCCUGCAUGCCCGGCGCUGCGCCUCGCCCGGCCCCCGCCGCCUCCUGCUCGCACCGCUGCAGUCGGGCGCCGGAGUAAUAUGCUCACUCGAGUGAAAUCUGCCGUGGCCAAUUUCAUGGGCGGCAUCAUGGCUGGCAGCUCAGGCUCGGAGCACGGCGGCGGCGGCUGCGGAGGCUCGGACCUGCCCCUGCGUUUCCCCUACGGGCGGCCAGAGUUCCUGGGGCUGUCUCAGGACGAGGUGGAGUGCAGCGCGGAUCACAUCGCCCGCCCCAUCCUCAUCCUCAAGGAGACUCGGCGGCUGCCCUGGGCCACUGGCUACGCAGAGGUUAUCAAUGCUGGGAAGAGCACACACAAUGAAGACCAAGCCAGCUGUGAGGUGCUCACUGUGAAGAAGAAGGCAGGGGCUAUGACCUCAACCCCAAACAGGAACUCAUCCAAGAGACGGUCCUCCCUUCCCAAUGGGGAAGGGCUGCAGCUGAAGGAGAACUCGGAAUCCGAGGGUGUUUCCUGCCACUAUUGGUCGCUGUUUGACGGGCACGCGGGGUCCGGGGCAGCGGUGGUGGCGUCGCGCCUGCUGCAGCACCACGUCACGGAGCAGCUGCAGGACAUCGUGGACAUCCUGAAGAACUCCGCCGUUCUGCCCCCCACCUGCCUAGGGGAGGAGCCUGAGAACACACCUGCCAACAGCCGGACUCUGACCCGGGCAGCCUCCCUGCGCGGAGGGGUGGGGGCUCCGGGCUCACCCAGCACGCCCCCCACGCGCUUCUUUACCGAGAAGAAGAUUCCCCACGAGUGCCUGGUCAUCGGGGCGCUUGAAAGUGCAUUCAAGGAAAUGGACCUACAGAUAGAACGAGAGAGGAGUUCAUACAAUAUAUCUGGUGGCUGCACAGCCCUCAUUGUGAUUUGCCUUUUGGGGAAGCUGUAUGUUGCAAACGCUGGGGAUAGCAGGGCCAUAAUCGUCAGAAACGGAGAAAUUAUCCCCAUGUCUUCAGAAUUUACCCCCGAGACAGAGCGCCAGCGACUUCAGUACCUGGCAUUCAUGCAGCCUCACUUGCUGGGAAAUGAGUUCACACAUUUGGAGUUUCCAAGGAGGGUACAGAGAAAGGAGCUUGGAAAGAAGAUGCUCUACAGGGACUUUAAUAUGACAGGCUGGGCAUACAAAACCAUUGAGGAUGAGGACUUGAAGUUCCCCCUUAUAUAUGGAGAAGGCAAGAAGGCCCGGGUAAUGGCAACUAUUGGAGUGACCAGGGGACUUGGGGACCAUGACCUGAAGGUGCAUGACUCCAACAUCUACAUUAAACCAUUCCUGUCUUCAGCUCCAGAGGUAAGAAUCUACGAUCUCUCAAAAUAUGAUCAUGGAGCAGAUGAUGUGCUGAUCUUGGCCACUGAUGGACUCUGGGAUGUUUUAUCAAAUGAAGAAGUAGCAGAAGCAAUCACUCAGUUUCUUCCUAACUGUGAUCCAGAUGAUCCUCACAGGUACACACUGGCAGCUCAGGACCUGGUGAUGCGUGCCCGGGGUGUGCUGAAGGACAGAGGAUGGCGGAUAUCUAAUGACCGACUGGGCUCAGGAGAUGACAUUUCUGUAUAUGUCAUUCCUUUAAUACAUGGAAACAAGCUGUCAUGAAAAAGGCCCAGAGGAUUGGGAGGACAGAGGGGAAGAAAGCUGGGAUGCCUCUUGGCAGGACGGAACUGGGAAGUGCCCCAGCUGAGUUCCAAGUGACGCAGUCUCUUCCCAGCCCAGGUGGGGAGUUCGCGGCCAAAAGGCUAUGCUUCAAGAUGACCCUUUGGUUUCCAUUUCUUCUUUAGUAACAUGUCAACUCAACAAGAGCAAAACACAAAGGCUGCUACCAAGUGUUGUAUUUCAGUUCCUUUCUUAGGCCUCCGAGGUGGCCAUUGCCUAUUCGGGGUAUAUAUGUCAUAUUUAUUUUAUCUCGAGUAGCUGGGGCAGCCAUUUUCAGGUGUAAAUGGCAGAGGACUCUUCAGCCUGUCAAGCUGCCAACUUCUCUACGGGUUAAAAAGUGCUGCAUUGGGAAGUAGGGGUCAUGCCUCAAAGUGUAAGUGCCCACCUUCUAGGAAGCCUGAGAUUUAUUUCAGGGAUUGCUGUCUGACCCCCGCCCCCUUCUCUUUUCUAUUCUUCUGUUCUUCUCUUUUCUAUUCUUCUUCUCUGUUUCUAUUCUUUUGUGGCAGUGGUGGAGUGAGGCAGGGAUUUGUUUUACUUUUUAUUUUUUCAGUUUUUGACAUUCCUUGAAUCUGUUUUUUUUUUUCCCCCUCCAUAGAACAGGCCUGGGACUUUCCAACACCCUGCUGAGGAAGUUCUGCGUCAAAGUCCCACCCAGGCUGGGUUGUCCCCACAUCCUCCAGCCCACACAACCCAGGCAGCAUCUGGGCCAGUGCCCUGCAUGACAGAGGAUCUUUGUUGUGUAACGUUUGUUCCCAAGUUGCAUUUUCUCACCAAAUCAGUGUGUUUUCAUGAAACUAUGAGUGUUUCUGUGGACCAGCAGUUCCUCUGUUGUCUUCAGUGGUCUCCCUGUGUGUCUCAAGGGUUCUCUGUGAGAGUCUGGAUUUUCAUUUCUGGAAUGGCUGGCCCCAUCCCACUUUUCUGUGUCAUGGGGAUACAUAUAAAGCAGUGUUUAAUAGAGCAGUUUAAGAAGUUCUUUGCAUCUUUUGGUUCACCAUAGCUCGUCUGGGGACCAUCUUGGAUUCAGGUUUCAUGGCUUGUGACUGUCCCCCAAGCCCACUCCAAACAAAGUGUAAGGAUCAGAGUUCUGUCAAGGAGCAGCAGUUCUGUUCUCCCCAUCAUCUUUGUGCAAGGUCCCUCGGGGCGGGGGAUGGGGGGGGCACUUAAAUAAAAGAAUUUGAAAUGGGUUGACUGGCCAUCCUCAUGCUGUGCUCCUUUUCUCUAGAGAAUCAUGUCCCAGCUCUUCCAGGUCCCACAUCUGAGUGUUCACCACAAGAGCAGCAGCCGCAGGCACAGCGCGCGCCGUAUCUACCUGCUACUUCUCCGCAGGGAGGAAUGGCCAAGUAGACUGUAAAACUUCUGUCUUUUAGGCAGACCUGUACAGCCACAAAAUUACCUAGUCUUCUUCCUGCUGAGCUGAGGUAUUGCCACCAUUUUGACAACUUUGAGUAAUUAAAACACUCUUCUGACCCAAGAAGGAAAAAGGUCACUGAUGUGACCCCCUCGAAUGCUAGAGAGCUAAUUCCAGUUCUCAUGUUUGUUUGAAUUUCUUCCCCAGAGGAGAGGAGAGAAACUUCUCCUCCAGGGCGAUAAAUCACCUGCAUUUCUGGAGUUGUCCCGUAUUUGAAAAGGCCUGGAGCCCCUCCUACUCAGGAAUGAACUCAUUCCACGGUGUGGAGACAGCGCCCUGUCUGGCAGGUGAAGCCCUGUGGGAAUUCACGCCAGCCGGUGUUUGUGGAAGUGUUGGCCUGGGAAGAAUGGGACUUCGGCCUUGUCAGGAGUUGUCUUCAUCUGACGGCACGUUUCCUCCCCCUACAGUAGAUCUUAGCUACCCCAGAUAGCUCUGUGGAGAGAAGUCUGUGGAAAAUGCUUUGCUUCCUGGCAGAGUUUGAUGCUGUGGGAAAACCUUCAGGCAUGCGACAGCAGUGUGGUCCACUCCCUGUUCUGUCCUGGUGCUCAGAGUCAUGUGUAAGUAGGAAACCUAAGCAAGUCUUCCAUAGAGGACCCUGAGCUGCCGUCUUUGGGAUCCUUCCUGUGUCCCCGCUGCCUUUCAUUUAUUUGCUUUCCUGGGCCUCUAUCUGGGCCCUACUUUGAGCUUUCUCCAGUUUUAUUCAAGCCACCAGAGUAAGAAUUUGGGUGUAGAUGUCACAACUACCUUCUACUCAAUUCACCAAUUCAUUUACUGCUAUGGCACGUCUCAGGAAAAACUCUAGAAACCUCUACAUCUCUAAAUCCUCUAUAAAAUCUUGAGCAUUUAGUCCUGCUGGUUUUAGUUAGAAAGGCAUCCAGGAAGUGUUUUCAUAAGCCCCCUUGGGUGGAAAGAUCUUAGUUAUAAGAUAAAGUCAUAUUUGUGUUUGGGGGAUGGGAGGAAGACUAUAAAUGAGGUGAAGAAAUCAAAAGUGGGAAACAUGAUGUAAAUGAAGCAUGGCAGAUCUGCCCAGCACUGAUAUCGCUCUAUAAACUGAGCUUACUCAGUUUUGGCCUUAUUUUUUACCCAGGCCCCAUGUCACCCAGUCCUGAAACAGUAACUGUGUCUACAUAAUGGGUUGGCCCUUGAUGCAUUCCUGGAAAAGUCAAAGGACGCACACUUCGAAACUCUGCAGAACGUAUUUAUACAUGGUUCUGAAAUCUUGCGUAUCUGACCUAUAGCCAAAUCUGCUUGCUCGAAUAGCCUCAGAGGAAGUCUUGUUUAAUAAAAAGCUUUUGAUGUCCUAGUCAAGUCUUUAUGGUUGUCUUGAGGGGUGUGUGGCUACUUUAAUGAAAGGCUCUUCUGCUCUAAAUCUCUUUGCUGGGACUGGGCCUCUUCAGACUAUCUGGUGAAACUCCUUUCCUUAGAACAAACUCAGUCCAUCCGGACUCUGUGGCAUUUUGUUAGAUGAUAACCAAAGCCUUGUUCCUGCAGCCAGUGUCAGCAGUCAGAGAGGUGGAGGGUGUGUUCUGCUGCGGUUGCGCAUGCCUAUCAGCUGUUCUUGAGGUGGAAAAGAAAGGUGAAAAUCGGACUAGGCCAAAUACUCAGCUGUCUUAAUAGGACAAAGCCUUAAGCAGUGGAAAUUUCAGUUAUUUUCCACAGUAUUCCAUUUUGGAGGAUUUGGGGUGUUUACUUUUUAAAUUCUUAAACAACUUAACCUCCAUGAGGCUUUGUGAAGUCAGUGGUGACCACCCUCCUCUUACUGUGUUCUCAGUAUUCAUUCACUUCCAGGGAAGAAUGACAGCCACAGGGAGAUGUUGGUGGGGAAGAAUGACAGUCCCAGGAUCCAGAUUUAGCCUCAGAUCUUCCCCAUGCAGGCAGGGUUUUCCAUUUAACAAGAGCACUCGUAUGAAAACAUUAGGGACAAAUCUCCCAUGUCUUUAACAUUCUGAUUCUCCUCUUGAUAUCCCCUUCCUCACCUGCCAAUCAACUUUAUAAGGCCACAAGUGGUCACUGGUUUUCCUUCCACAGGUUUGAGGUUCUCAGCUUUCCUUAAGUGACCCAGCAGCUCCGCUGUUUUCAGAGUGAAUAUGUUAAGCUUUGAUGAGAUUCUAUUUUCAGUAAGUUAGUGCUUCUGGGACACUUGGAGAAAGCUGUGAGAGUCAUUGUCUAUGCAAAGAACAACCAGGCUGAUCCUAAAAGUUAUCCAGUCUGAGAAAAUGGUAAAACAAGGUCUGGCCACAACACAGAAUUUUAUGUGAGGAACUCAGAUUUUUGAGGACUUACACUUGCAGAGAAAGGUUGCAGCCUGCACACCAUAGCCCACCUCUCUGAGCAGACUGUGGUUCUGUGUGGUGAUGUGGCACAUGUUUGUACACUGGGGUUUUUCAAAGGACGCUACGCGAGCAGCCUGACUUGCCUCUUCUGUGAGGACUGUGGCUUUUGUCAGAUGGCGUGCCAGUCUGCAGAGGACUGCUCUUUCAAAUCCACAGUGUUAUCUGUGUAAAUAGCUUUAAUUUUUCCUCUGUGUCUUAGGUGUGAAGUUUUGUUCAUGUAGCAACCAGGUAGAGUGACCAAAUAAGGCUGUAAACGUGCUGUAGUUUUCUACUGUGAUGUACUUGAAGGAGAACCUGUGUCCUCUACUUUUCUGAUCUCCCUCAAGUAUUUUCUGUUUGUUUCCUGAGUCCUGAGGUUAUUAUUUCCCUCCUGUUUUGCCCCGUUUUUUUUUUUUUUUUUUUUGGAGACCCAGGGAGGCCCAUGGUGGAGAUCAUUUGUAAGGGGUGGAUCAUGGUCUGGGUUUCCAAAACUACCCUACGUACAGUGAAUGAGAGAAAUCUGCCUGGAAAUUGUUUCAGAACCAUGUACCUUUAUGCUUUGUGAUUGUGAAACGUUGACUUUUUUGUAACCCAAAAAUGAAAACUGUUUAGUAAAGGGGAUCUAUUUUGUGUGUUUUGAAACUUAGGUGCAAUGUCCCCUGGAAAAAGCUAAAGAAAUGUAUAUGUUCAAUGACAUUUUAAAAUAAAAUAUUAUAUAUAUGUAUAUAGGACA